GUCCUCCUACAGGCAGAAACAUGGCACUUAAUGGUACCUGGAAAAUAGACAGAAAUGAAAACUAUGAAAAGUUCAUGGAGGCCAUGGGUGUUAACAUGAUGAAAAGAAAGUUAGGAGCCCAUGAUAAUAUGAAGCUCAUUAUCCAACAAGAUGGAAACAAUUUUACUGUCAAAGAAUCAAGCAACUUCCGUACCAUAGAAAUUACAUUCACUCUGGGAGUCAAUUUUGAGUACAGUCUGGCUGAUGGGACUGAACUUACUGGUUCUUGGAACAUGGAAGGAAAUAAAAUUGUAGGAAAAUUUACUAGAAAAGAUAACGGAAAAGUACUCACAGCAUCCAGAGAAGUCAUAGGUGAUGAACUUGUCCAGGUCUAUGUAUAUGAAGGAGUUGAAGCAAAAAGAAUCUUCAAAAGAGGCUAA